GCCCGCAUCCUGACCGUCUGUCACUCAGGUCCUCCCUGUGUGCUCUUUGCUCUGUUCUUUUCUUUCUGCUUUGUCCUCUGCUUGUUUCCCCUCAAACAUGGCUCCAACUCUGGCCACGGCAUUUGCCAGGCGCUGGUGGAUGGCAGUGACUGCUAUCACUGAGAAUUUGCUCUUCUCGGCGGUGCUGUUGGGAUGGGGAUCACUCCUCAUAAUGCUUAAGUCAGAGGGCUUCUAUUCUUACCUUUGCAGUGAAGACGAUUCCUCAGGUAAUAGGUCCAGCUAUAAUCUGUCCUUACCACUGACGGUACCCACAUCGGAUGACUAUGAAUACUACAAUGGGGUGGACCAUGGAGAUGGGGUGGAGAUCAAUACCCUGGUCUCAGACGAAGGACCUCUGAGGAUGAAUGGCUGGCUGAUCUGUAAGGAACAGGAUGAAAUGCUGAACCUGGCAUUCACAGUGGGCUCAUUUCUGCUGUCGGCCAUCACCUUGCCACUGGGGAUUGUCAUGGAUAAAUAUGGGCCUCGUAAACUACGACUGCUCGGGAGUACGUGCUUCGGAUUAUCCUGUCUACUUAUUGCUUAUGGAGCCUACAAACCAAACGAACUCUCUGUUCUUAUCUUCAUUGCGUUAACUUUUAAUGGCUUUGGUGGAAUGUGCAUGACCUUCACAUCUCUCACAUUGCCUAACAUGUUUGGAAACCUUCGUUCCACCUUCAUUGCUUUGAUGAUCGGCUCCUAUGCCUCCUCUGCUGUUACCUUCCCUGGUGUCAAGGUGAUCUAUGACUUUGGCGUACCUUUCAUCACUAUUCUAGUCGUAUGGGCUGCUUGUGCCGGGAUGGUUUUCUUGAACUGUUUCCUCAACUGGCCAUUGGAACCAUUUCCAGGACCAGAGGACAUGGACUACACCGUAAAGAUCAAGUUCAGCUGGCUGGGGUUCGACCACAAAAUCACAGGGAAACAGUUUUACCGUCAGGUGACCACCGUGGGCCGCCGUCUCAGUGUGGGAACCAGUCUGAACCAGCGGGAGUCGAUUCAGCCAUCCGCAAAGGAAGGACAGAAGCUCUGCCUCUCCACCAUGGACCUGGAGGUGGACUGUAAUGAUCAAGACGAAUCCCAGUCAUUCAUGAAAAGUAUAGUCAGCCCGAUCUUCUUGCUCAGUCUGGUCACCAUGUCAAUCACACAGCUUCGUCUCUUGUUCUACAUGGGAGCCAUGAACAGUGUCCUGGAGUCACUCAGUGGUGGAGACCUCAGCACAGUGAGUCUGUACUCGUCGAUUUUUGGCGUGUUGCAGCUGCUGUGCCUGAUGACCACGCCUGUGAUUGGUCAGAUCAUGGACUGGAAGCUGAAGGAGUGUGAUGAUGGCAAAGAGGAAAAGAAAACCUACAACCCUGGCGAGCCAAAGAAAAAGCGCGGAGACAGAAAAACCCAGAAGGUGACCAAUGCCUUGCGGGCUUUCGUCCUAACAAACCUCUUGUUAGUCGGAUUUGGGAUCACUAGUUUAGUGCCUAAUCUCCCCCUGCAGAUCGUGUCCUUUAUCUUACACACAGUGGUGAGAGGAUUCAUUCACUCUGCCGUUGGCGGCCUCUAUGCUGCUGUCUAUCCGUCCUGUCAGUUUGGCAGUCUAACAGGCAUGCAGUCUCUGGUCAGUGCUGUGUUUGCUCUGCUGCAGCAGCCGCUGUUUCUGGCCAUGAUGGGACCCCUGGAGGGAGACCCACUCUGGGUCAACGUGGGUCUCCUGGUUCUCAGCAUGCUGGGCUUCUUGCUGCCUAUCUACUUGAUUUGCUACAGACGGAUGCUCUACCAAGAGCAGGAACGGAAAGAACACAUGGCGAAGAUCUUUAUUAAAAUCAACGGCACUGACAAACCUGAAGCUUUUGUCUAAGGAAACUUAAUUCCGUAAAAGCAGCAAAGGAAGACGAGGUGAUCCAGUGAUACAGACCCACAACAGCAAAUGCAAACAACUAAGAUGUUGGUUUAUUGAUUAGGAUAUCAUAAUGCAUUUGGUUGUUUUCAUACUAAAACAAACAAAACCCAUAAUACCACUCAUUAACCCAGUAGCCAACAGAGGCAAACUGAUGCUGUGGUUGUCACCGAUUUCACUGGACAGUCGCUGAGGAGAAAAAGGAAAAUCGGAGGGGGAAAGAUGCACACAAGAGAGGAAAGACUGUGAAAGCAAGGAAGGUGUUGGCCUUCUGCUUUGCCCCUAAUCCUCUGACUUUUUUUUAUUCCCUCCCUCCUGAAUCUGCAGCACAUUAGCGCAGCUCUAUUCCACUGAAGACUGUUUCUUGGUAAGGGAAGGAAACACAAACAGGCCGGUUUAUUUAGUGCGUCAACUUCCACCUGUGAGACCAAUAAGAGCAUUAAAUAAGCCUGGAAACAGAUUCCUUGCACAUCCCACAUCGUCAUAUUUAUCCAGGGAUUCCUUUGUUUUCUUGUGUUUAAAACGUUGACUGUAAAUCGUUGUGAUUGUGAACUCACAUGGUGCUACCUGUCUAUUCAUAAGGAUUUGCUUUAAUUGUUGUUUUGGAGAGGAAGUGUGGACUACGAGGCAUUAAUGAGUAUCAGGGAGAAGCGCAACACACAGUCACAUGAU